AUGGUUGCCCAACUCAUCGAUGGUAAAGCCAUUGCCUUACAAGUUCGUACCCGAGUCCAUGACGAAAUCUCCCAAUUCCAAUCCAAACACCCAGAUUUCAAACCCCAAUUAACAAUCGUCCAAAUUGGUGACCGUCCCGAUUCAUCCACCUAUGUCCGCAUGAAAUUAAAAGCCGCCCAAGAAGCUUCCAUCAAUUGUGAAAUUAUGAAAUUACCCGAAUCAAUCUCGGAAUUUGAAUUAUUAAAUCAAGUUGAAAAAUUAAAUAAUUCUUUGAGCUGGCUGCGCGUUUUGGCUGAAAAAGAUGUCGAUGGGUUUGGACCUUAUAAUGUUGGUGAAUUGGCUAAAAAGGGGGGUGAACCUUUAUUUUUACCAUGUACUCCCAAAGGGAUCAUGCAUUUGUUAACUACUUCAGGAGUGGAAUUACAAGGUGCUAAUGCGGUUGUUUUGGGUAGGUCUGAUAUUGUGGGUAAACCAAUGGCUAAUUUGUUAACUAAGGCAAAUGCAAAUGUUACUAUUUUACAUUCGAAAUCUACGGUGGAACAUAUUCAAGAAUAUCUUGCUCAUGCUGAUAUUGUGGUUGCUGCUAUUGGACAACCAUAUUUCAUUAAAGGAGGCUGGAUUAAACCUGGAGCGGUUGUGAUUGAUGUCGGAACCAAUUUCAUUCCUGAUUCUACCAAGAAAUCUGGUUCUCGUAUGGUUGGUGAUGUUGAAUUUGAAGCUGCUUAUGAAAGAGCAAGAUUAAUCACCCCGGUCCCAGGAGGGGUUGGUCCAAUGACUGUGGCAUCAAAAUUCACCAAUCCCUUGAGAUUACAAUUACAAACUCCAGUACCAUCUGAUUUUGAAAUUAGUCGUGCACAACAACCCAAAAGAAUUAAUCAAGUUGCUAAAGAAGCUGGGAUUUUGGAUUCUGAAUUAGAACCAUUUGGGUUUUAUAAAGCAAAAGUAUCCCUUGAUCUUUUGAAACGUCUACAAAAUAAAGUCAAUGGGAAAUAUGUCUUGGUGACUGGUAUUACCCCAACUCCUUUAGGUGAAGGGAAAUCCACCACUACGGUGGGUUUAGCACAAGCUUUGGGUGCUCAUUUACAAAAGAAUGUCUUUGCCAAUGUUAGACAACCAUCAAUGGGACCUACAUUCGGUAUUAAAGGAGGUGCUGCCGGUGGGGGAUAUUCUCAAGUUAUCCCCAUGGAUGAAUUCAAUAUGCAUGUUACUGGUGAUAUUCAUGCUAUUACUAUGGCUAACAAUUUAUUGGCCGCUGCUAUUGAUACAAGAAUGUUUCAUGAAGAUACUCAAAAAGAUGGUCCAUUAUAUAAGAGAUUAGUGCCUGCCAAAAAGGGGGAAAGAAAAUUCACGGCUUCAAUGUUGAGAAGAUUAGAAAAAUUGGGAAUUAAUAAGACUGAUCCAGAUAGUUUGACUCCAGAAGAAAUUACUGCGUUUGCAAGAUUGGAUAUUGAUCCUGAAUCAAUUACUUGGAGAAGAGUCGUUGAUUGUAAUGAUAGAUUCUUGAGAGGAAUUACUAUUGGUGAAGCACCAACUGAAAAGGGACACAUUAGAAAAACUGGUUUCGAUAUUACUGUUGCUUCUGAAUGUAUGGCUAUUUUAGCCUUAGCUAACUCCUUGCAAGAUUUAAGAGAAAGAUUAGGUAAGAUGGUUAUUGGAUCUUCUAAAGCUGGUGAACCAGUUACUUGUGAAGAUAUUGGAUGUGCAGGUGCUUUAACUGCUUUAUUAAAAGAUGCCAUUAAACCAAAUAUUAUGCAAACUUUAGAAGGUACUCCAGUUUUUGUUCAUGCUGGUCCAUUUGCUAAUAUUUCAAUUGGUGCUUCUUCAAUUUUGGCCGAUAAGAUGGCAUUAAAAUUAGCUGGUACCUCACCUGAUUUAACUCCAGAAGAAAGACAAGAACAAGAAGGAUAUGUUGUUACUGAAGCUGGAUUUGAUUUCACCAUGGGUGGUGAAAGAUUUAUUAAUAUUAAAUGUAGAUCUUCAGGAUUGGUUCCAGAUGUUAUUGUUAUUGUUGCUACUGUUCGUGCUUUGAAAGUUCAUGGUGGUGGUCCAGAAGUUAAAGCUGGUGCACCAUUGGCUCCUGAAUAUACUCAAGAAAAUGUUGAAUUAUUAAGAGCUGGUUGUGCUAAUUUAGCUAAACAUAUCGCCAAUGCUAAAUCAUAUGGAUUACCAGUUGUUAUUGCCAUUAACAAAAUGUCAUCUGAUUCUGAUAAGGAACAUGAAGUUAUUAGAGAAGAAGCAUUGAAGGCUGGUGCUGAUGAUGCUAUUGUUUCUAAUCAUUGGGAAGAAGGUGGUAAAGGUGCCAUUGAUUUAGCUAAUGGAGUCAUUAAAGCUGCUAAUUCUCCAGACAAAAAUUUUAAUUUCUUAUAUGGAUUAGAACCAUCAGUUGAAGAUAAGAUUUCCACAAUUGCUAAAGAAAUGUAUGGAGCUGAAGAAGUUGAAUUUUUACCAGAAGCUCAAAAGAAGAUUGAUCUUUAUACCAAACAAGGUUUUGGUAAAUUACCAAUUUGUAUUGCUAAGACUCAAUAUUCAUUAUCUCAUGAUGCCAAUCUUAAGGGGGUACCAACUGGAUUUAAAUUUCCAAUUAGAGAUGUUAGAGCAUCUAUUGGUGCUGGAUAUUUAUAUGCUUUAGCUGCAGAAAUUCAAACUAUUCCUGGAUUACCAACUCAUUGUGGAUUUAUGAAUGUUGAAGUUAAUGAAGAUGGUGAAAUUGAUGGAUUAUUUUAG